AUGGUCGCCCUGCUGUCAGUGGGCGGGCUGGGCUGGUUGUACUGGCAAGUUAUCUGCUGCUCGUCUCUCAAGCAAUCCUUGCUGGUCGGGUCCCUGGGGAUGUCCAGUGAAUGGGCCCGACUUAUUCUGCGGAGGGACAUGACCAGACCUCGGUGUGAUCUGGUUGUCUGCCGCGUGGGGUCUACGCUGGCAUUGCCCUCCCUGGUUCGCCCACCAGGCAGUGUUAGUUGCCUAGGAGUACUCGCCCUGGAGGCAUCUCCAUCAGGCCCGCUCCGCUUCCUGAUUCGGUGCCGGCGGUCGCGCUUCGAGCAGCGGGGCAAGUCCGACGUGGAGCUCAUGGCGAAGCUCGCGAAGCGCCAGCAUCUGGAUCCGGCCAAGCUAGUCCACCUGAGCACCAGCACAAAUCCCCGCCGCGUGCACAUCGUGGCCGACUACGACAACCCGACCCACGAGCGGUGCGAGAUCCGCAGCUUCAAGGGAAACAGCCUGAAGGACAUCCGCAUCCCGGCGAGCGCUGCCGACUAUGUGCACGGUCACGUCGAGCUCUUGAAGCGCAUGAUGGAGCGCGCCGGCGACGACGGCCGUUUCCCGAUUCGGUUGGGCGACCCUGUGCCGAGGCCGCCCGGCUGGAAGAGCCGCGGCGGCGGCGAGGAUGCCUUAGACAAGCUGGACGCGUGCGAACAGCUUGGGCAUGGCGCCGCCGAAGAGGGCGACGGCGACGGCGACGGCAGCGAGCACGCCUUGAGCGAGCCGGACGAGCUCGAGCUCGAGCAGCCGGAUGGCGCUGCCGCCGCCCAAACAAGGGCGCCCUGCCAGAUCCAGCCGGAUCCGUCUGUAGAAUGA